AUGAAGACCGACAACGCCGCCGCCGCGGCUGCGCUCAGGGGCGCCACGCUGGCCUUUCGGAAGGACAAGCUCGAACAGCUUGGGCAGCGGGCCGAGGGGGGAACAGGAGGAGGAGGAGGAGCUGCUACAGGGCGCAGUGGGAGGGACAAUGGCGCGUUUACGGCUGCGACGGAGGCUGUGAGGGGGAGGGCUGAGGGAGGAGCAGCAGCAGAUGGGAGGACACAGCAGCAUCAGCAGUUACAGCGUCAACAGUUACAGCGCCAACAGUCACAGCAGCAGAUGGAUGGGAUAAUUAUGGGCGGGGGUGGUGGCGCGUCGUCGGCGGCGUUUGGCUCUACGGGCGGCGGUAGCAGGAUGGAUGCGAAGAACCAGAGCUUGAUCGCUGCGACGCUGGCGGCGAGUCGGAGCGCCAGUCCGACGGCGGGCGGAGGGAGUAGUGCGAACAACACGAGCGCGAGCGUCAAUAUGAUUGUGGGAGGAGGAGGUGGUGGUAGUGAGGCCGUGGACUCGGGACCCUUGGCGUCUGCCGGAUCGCUGAUUUCGAUGUUUGAAAAGGCCAGGGGAAGGCCUUCGCCGCCGGAAUCUGUUGGGAGCAGCGUGGAGGACAGGGCGGACAAGAUGAAGAGCGUGGAGGACAGGACGGAUAUGGCGGACAAGGGCAAGAAGAAGAGCAAGGCGGCGAGUAAUAAGGCGGAUGGACCGCCGACGCCGCCGGUUGCGAGGAAGAACAAGACGCGGCGUGAUCCGGUGGCUGAGGGUCCGGCUGGGGACGGAAGGGCGAGGCCAAAGGCGCCGGCGGAGGCGUCGGGCGGCUCGGUAGCUUCAACUACUGCGCAGAGACAGCAACAGCAACAACCGCAAUCUCAACAAUCACAACAUAUACAACAGCAGCAGCAGCCGGCGAGAUCAAGGGACAGCAAGCCUGUUGUCUCUUCACCUCCAAGGCCCAUGACGCCAACCCCCGUCUCCAAUACAGCUUCGCAACCAUCCACGCCAGCUCCGUCGUCCUCGGAACACAAGAGCUCGCAUGCUCGGCCGCCGCGCGCGCUACAUCCGUCAACACCGCCGCCGCUUAAACCGCUCAUGAGCAGGAACGUCACCGAAGUCAUUUCUCCGCAGCCGACGAGGGUGUCGAGGACGCCGUUGAGUCCCGUCACGUCGGCUCACCUUACGCUAAGCCCGAGCAUACACAUUGCGCUUGCGUCGCCUUCGCCUGAUCCUCCUAAGAAGAGUCGGAGCACUGCGACGAAGAGACCGCCUACGCCGCCGAAACCGAGGGAUACGUCGUCGUCUGGCCAGGCGCGGAGUUCUAUUGCUUCCGCGGUAUCUCGGUCAGCGGGACAAUCGGUGUCUCCCUCUCGCCAACAGAGAGAGCCUCGUCCAUCUUCAGUGAUUAUAGGGAGGAGACACUCUACAGUAAGCGUCGGAUCAUCUCCACAUCGGGAGCUGGCUUCUCAACGACGAAUCGCCAAUGGUUCACCUGGUCGGACACAACUGGACAAUCUCACCGAUGCGAUUGUGGCUGGUUCAUUGGCUUCUACACGGUUGACGCCGCACAACACGGGGCCUGCUUCAUUGGCUCCUCCUCCUUUGCCGAAACGGCAGAAAUCACCUCGACUUUUACAUACCCUCCGACAGCCGCAACUACUAGACGAAGAGGACGAUCAACACAAGAAAGGGCAUAGAGCUUUGCUACGAAAGGGCAAGCAUGCGCAUCAUGAAGGAUCACGGAAGAAGUGGCGGGAAGAGAUUCGGCCCCGUGAGAGGAAACGAUAUGAAGCGCUGUGGGCGUCGAACCGUGGGAUACUGCUUACAGACACGCGGAUGAUGAGUCCGGCGACGAGUAUUAGCAGCGAUCUCGAUCGGGACGUGUCGCAGUGUGUGGCCAACGUUGUGGUGAGGGAAGUAUGGAAGCGGUCGAGAUUACCGCUGGACGAGCUGGCCGAGAUUUGGGACCUGGUCGAUCGAGGGAGGGCGGGAAUGCUGAGCAGAGCGGAGUUUGUGGUGGGGACGUGGCUUGUUGACCAGCGGCUCAAGGGGAGAAAGGUGCCGGCCAAGGUGACGGAUAGUGUCUGGGGGAGCGCGAACGGGGUCAUGGUGAAGGGGCCGAAUGGGAAGUGA